UAACCAAUAAUGGUGCUGUAUACAAAAUUCAAGAAACACGUAAUCAGAACGGCAACUGUUUCCCGUUCAUUAGAGCAGACAUUUAGAUAACUAUCUAGGUCGACACAUGCGACAGCUUACGGCUAUAAACGUAGAAUACUGUGUUUGAGAUGUGAGGCGUCACAAUCGAGUGAUCACAUACUAUCUUGUUAUCAACAGUGCGUAGCGUCAGUCAGUGAUAUUCGUGUAAGCACACAGACGUUAACGGGCUUUCGGAUAGGCAGCAUCAAAACUAGUUGGACGGAUUCAUAUACAAGAUUACAAUAUGGGAAUAGCGGACACUACCAUUAUAUUCAAAAUAGCAAUAGGAUGUGCUUUAGCUGGAUUUGUAUUUCACCUGAUCGGCUUAGCUACACCUUAUUGGAGCUCCUUAACGGUGGCCGAGGGUACUAUAUUCGAGUCGGAUUAUCAUAGCGGUCUGUGGAGGGGUUGCGUGGGAAGUGUUUGUGGCAGCAUAAGUAAUCCGGCAAGUUGGUUCGAGGCUGCCCAAGCGUUUGCUAUACUGGGAUUCCUGGCCGGCAUUGCUGCUAUAGUGUUGACCGUGCUGUAUGUGCUUCUUGAACAGUUGAGGAAGGACGUGUUUUACAUAAUUGCAGCCAUAGGUAACCUCGCAGCAGGUGAGUACUUCACACAGCAUUUAGUUCCUUUGUUUUUCUAAUAGGGGGCGUCCCUA